CAAAGAUCUGGCGACUUCUUCGAGUCUAGUGUUGGGGUGAAGGUUCACUGCUGGCUAUUGUCACUUGAGACCCAAAUUAAUGUCUAUUAUUUCUGUCAUACGGCUCUGUUAGUUAAUUAUUUUCCGGAAUAUCAUUAUUUUUACCAAUCAUUUUUCUGGAUCGUCUUGGCUGUUGUUUUGCAACGUGUAGUCAGUAACAUAUGUUACUGACUAUUAUUAUGGUUAUUUCGUCUUCGUUUACUAUUGAACUGGACCAUUCAUUUUAAAUUCUAUCUUGGCGUUAAUUCUUUAUUGUCUAGUUGGGAUAUUGUACGCUUUAUCUUCCUAACCAUUCUGUCAGGUACUAAUUGAACUUUGUUCCAUUAAUCUUUAACUGCUGCCGUACAUCGGCUGCAUACUCUGCUUUUUUUGGUCUCUAUUCCACAAAUUUAUGGGUUAGAGAAACCAGAUGAUUGUUCCUAUUUUGGUUACCUCGGAUUAUAAUUUCUAUGCACACAUUUCAAUGCUAAGUCAUCUGCAAGGGAAAUGAACGCAUGCAAACAUGGCCGUAUUGGCCUAGAUGGAGUGACUGAUGGACAUCCCUGUACUACUGAGUGUUCUCUAGCAUCCGAAACAUCGCCUGAUUAUUGUCAGGAUAAAGAUUCGGGGAACUUUUGUGUGUGUGGUGCACCUGGUUGUAGUACGAGGAAAGUUACUAACCGUCAUAAUAUGGAAUCGGACAUCGCUGAGCUGGCUCCAAGCAUAGGUAGUACCUCAACUACCAACUUCCCUGAUCAAGAUACAUCAAAACCGAAGUUGGGUACGUAUGUUAUUGAAAGAACCAUUGGGAAAGGGAUAUUCUCGUCAGUCAAGCUCGCCAAGCACACCAUAACUGGAAUAUUCGUUGCAAUAAAAAUCAUUGACAAAUCCCGUCUAAGUCCUGAAAAUCUCAAAAAAAUAUACAGGGAAUCUGAUAUUUUAAAGGAACUUCAUCAUUCAAAUAUCGUAAAACUUUAUCAGGUUAUGGAAACUCAGCGACUACUCUGUAUGGUAAUGGAGUAUGUUUCAAAUGGCGAGCUAUUUGACUACAUAGCCACGAAUGGAAGAUUUUCUGAGGUUGAUGCUCGGAUCAAAUUUCUGGAUGUACUUUCGGCUGUCGAUUACACCCACUCUUGUGGUAUUGUACAUCGAGAUCUAAAAGCUGAAAACAUAUUGCUAGAUUCAGAAAUGAAUAUCAAAUUAGCAGAUUUUAGCUUCGGCACACAUUUCAACUCACCUAAUCACCUUUUAACUACGUGGUGUGGUAGUCCUCCGUAUGCUGCACCUGAAAUAUUUUUAGGCGAACCAUACAUUGGAGUCAAAGCAGAUAUCUGGAGUUUAGGUGUUAUUCUUUACGUCAUGGUGUGUGGUGCUCUUCCAUUCGAUGCCCAAUCUCUUCCCCAUUUGAAAAAUCAAGUCCUUUCCGCCAGUUUUCGUGUUCCGUACUGGCUUUCUAUGGCUUGUGAACAAGUAAUACGUAGUAUGUUGUCGAAAGAACCGAACGAUCGUCCGACAACAAAACGUAUCAGUCAAUUUCCAUGGUUCACUUCAUCAACAAUUCCACAUAAUCAUUAUCACGAUAAACUAAUUGCAAAUGUUAUGUCUAACUCAUUGGCCACAAUGCAUUUAACUAAUCAACCUGUCCCUACACCAACAAUGUUACGACAAACAUUGUCACCCUGUGGUGCUAAUUCAAAUAUUUUAAAUAAAUCCACAGACUGUGAUUUAGUUCAACCCACGUUUGUUUUGAAACAUUGUUCUUGUGAUUGCUCUUCGAAAUUCUCAUGGAGUAAAGAUGAUCUACAAAGUCCUGGGCCUAAUUUAGCGGCUGAAAUGAAAGUUGGUAAAUUAAAUGAAUUAGUUAUUAUGAUUAUGGAGUCCUAUGGAAUGUGUCGCACUCAAAUUCUCAAAUCACUUCUACGUUGUGCUUACGAUCAUCUGACAGCUACUUACCUCUUAUUGGGUGAGAAAUUACGUUUGCAUAAUCUAAACAUUGAUUCAUCGACUACACCUAUUACAGAUUCUGGAAUAAUUAUACCUAAUUGUGACCAUCCAACAACAUCAUGUUAUUCAAUUAUGGCUCCUGAGCAUAAAAGUUUCAAUACCACUCCUGAUUCUGUUAUGAUGCCGAAUUCUAUUCCAUCACCCCAACCAUUAUCAUCGUCGAUUUCCGUACCACAACCAAACUAUUCAACUAUACCUACAAGUAUACCUCCAGUUUUCCCACUGUCCUCCAUAAAUUCAAUGAAUAUGGACCUUCCUUUAUCUAGUUGCUCUUCAUCUAUGGAACAAUUAGAUGAAUCUACAAAUAAUAUCAACUGUUUUGCCGAUACCUCAAUCGAUAACAGUGAUCAUAAGGACAGUGUUUCGCAAAUAAUCGAUAGAACAGAAAGUGAUAAUUUAACUGUUGAUUCAGCAUAUGGUGUUGCUUUACAGUCCACAUAUGUUAAUAACUCUGUUUCAGAUCGUGUUAUACUUCAGUCUUAUUUGCCUGUGGAGGAUGAACUAAGAAUUGUCAGUGGUGGUACUGGUAAUGUUACUGUUGGUGGCAGACCGCAACAUCGUGUUUUAGCUAGACGAAAAUAUGGAAUCUGCAGUCCACCAGCCUGUUUAGAAGAAAUAAAGCAGGCUUUGAUUUCACAACAACACCAACCACCACUCAUAAAUGAGAGGAAUAUUACAGAUGGUGAUGAUUUACCAUGAUUAUUGAUAGUAAAAUAGUAUCUAAUAUAUAUAUAUAUAUAUAUAUAU